UCCAUUUCCACGCUACUCCAAUAUGAGAUGAGUCCAUCUUUCUCCGCUUCCGUUCUUCAGUGCAGAAACCGCCUGGGUCAACACCAGAUAAGAGGCGUGACAUAAGGCAGCGGAUCACUCGCCCUCAAGCUCUUCUUAGUUCUUACUGAAGUCCAGUGAAGAGGAGCAGCAGCAGUGGGCAUGUCACCGGCGACGGCGAGAGGCGGUGCCCAGGAGGACCAGGCCGGCGAAGCCGGCGUGGACAAGGACGGCGCCGCCGAGGGAGGGAAGGGCACGUGGAGGCACGCGGCGGUCCACGUGGCGACGACGAUCGCCACGCCGGCAGCCUACGCUCCCUUGCCCUUUGCCCUCGCAUCCUUGGGCUGGCCUCUGGGUGUUUGCAGUUUGGUGAUAGGGACGCUGGUCACCUGGUGUUCUAGCCUGGCCGUUGCCUCGCUGUGGCAGUGGAACGGGGAGAAGCACACCAGCUACCGGCUGCUCGCACAAAGCAUAUUUGGUCCAUGGGGCUACUGGUAUGUGUCGUUCUUCCAGCAAGUGGCGUCGGUUGGCAACAACAUUGCGAUCCAGAUUGCGGCCGGCAGCAGCCUCAAGGCCGUCUACAAGCACUACUACGCCGCCGACCAUGGCGCGAUGACGCUGCAGCACUUCAUCCUCCUCUUCGGCGCGUUCGAGCUGUUUCUCUCGCAGCUUCCCGACAUCCAUUCGCUCCGGUGGGUGAAUGCUACCUGCACUGCGUCCACCAUUGGGUUUGCCGGGACAGCCAUCGGUGUCACGAUAUACGAUGGAUAUCGGGUUGACCGAAAUGAUGUUGGCUACAGCCUGCAAGGAAGCACCGGAACUAAGGUCUUCAGAGGUUUCAAUGCACUGGGCACAAUAGCCUUCUCAUUUGGUGAUGCAAUGCUGCCAGAAAUCCAGAGCACCGUGCGAGAACCGGCGACGACAAACAUGUACAAGGGUGUCUCGACGGCGUACACAUUGAUCGUCGUGUCCUACUGGACACUGGCAUUCAGUGGCUAUUGGGCAUUUGGCUCUGAAGUCCAGCCAUACAUCUUGUCCUCCCUGACUGUCCCAAGAUGGGCAAUUGUAAUGGCAAACAUAUUUGCAGUCAUUCAGAUCACAGGUUGCUUUCAGAUAUACUGCAGGCCGACAUACGCGCACUUUGAAGAGCGCAUUCAGGCGAAGAACACGGCGUACAGAGCAUGGCUGUGGCGACUGAUGUACACCUCUGCAUACAUGGCGACGAUCACCCUUGUUGCUGCCGCAAUGCCAUUCUUUGGGGACUUUGUAUCAGUUUGUGGAGCGGUUGGGUUCACCCCACUGGACUUUGUGCUGCCUGCAUUGGCAUUUCUCAAGGCCGGGAAGCUGCCCAAAAACCUGGGCCUGCGGCGUACUGUCAAGGCCCUUUGCUGCUCCGGCGCCGUCUUGUUCUCUGUCAUCGGAGUUCUUGCGUGCACUGGCGCCAUCAGAGCAAUUGCGCUCGAUGUCAAGACCUACAAGUUCUUCCAUGACAUGUGAUCAUAGUUAAGUUAUAUCAGGUUGCUCUGUGCAUCAGUUCAUUUAGAUGUAGGUUUGUUUGUGCCAGUGUUAGAUGCCAGGUAGUAAUAUGCAAUGUCAUAUACAA